UGUUUUCCCUUCGGCGCGCCAACGAGCACUGAGCGUCGAGAGUCGAUACACCGAGCAGUGCUACGUCGAGUUUGGUGUUUGAAAGUUUGUCGUCGUUGUCGUCGCGUCGUGUGGUGACGCGUGCCGGUUGUUGUUUUUUAAGGUUUUUGUUUCAUCUAUUCCGUUAAAAAUUAUACGACGUCGUUUUCCGGACAUAAUGUGAACCCUGUGGAUCUGCUCGGCGGCAAGCAGAUCAAGAAGAUACUUACCGGGCCAACACUACAUAUUGCCGCCAAACCCAUUUGGAUUUGAACGACACAAGGAUCUGGUAGUCACGGCGGCGGAGUCAUGGAGGCAGCCGACAUCAUACCCGUUCUUCAAGAACGCGUCGCCACCUUACCUGGAGGCCGAGACCUGGACGGACGGCCGUUGGUUGUGGUCGUCGURCAACCAUGGAUCAACAACCAUUUGGACACUGCACUAAGAUACUAUUCGUCUCUAUACAGUCCAGAAACGAGACAGACAGGUUUAUGCGUCGUUCUCGAUGCUCAGAGAAGUACAUGGAAAACAACCAAGAGCGUCAUGCAUAAAGUGUUUGAAAUCUUGGAUGUGAAUAUCGGAGCGAUGUUGAUUGUGAGGUUAGAUGUGUUUUGGGACAAACAACGUGUAGACAACUGUACAAAGUCUAGGACUGAAGGAGAGCCAAUUUUUGUGCCGUUGUCUAGAAUCCACAAGUACGUGUCGCAAGAUCAAUUACCCGCAGAUCUGGGAGGAUCUUGGAUUUAUAACCAUGAGCAAUGGAUACACAAUCGUGUGAGAGUUGAAGAGUUCAUCAAAAGCUCGGAGAUUGCCGUGUCUGAUAUGGAAAAAUUAAGACAGCACUUGACCAAUAAUCAGGAUUUGCUAAAACACAGCACAGCUGACAUCGUGCUGACUGUGUCUGGUGAAAAGUUUAACAUCGUUAUCGAUCAUGUGAAAAAGGUAUCUCAAUCCGGCCAGGCCAUAUGCCAGCGGAUUGAAAAAAUGUACGCGGAUCAAGGGCAACCGUUUCCGCAGGAUGUUUUAGAUACCAAAGAAGCGCUUGACCGGUAUAUGAGGAUCGUCCACGAUAAAAUGAUGGUGGUCGUCGACUGCUGGAACGGCGUACAGAAAAAAGUCGAAAGUAUUAAGGAAAUGCGAUAUUUGGAACAAGGCAUAAAACACGUCGUCAAUUGGAUUCUCGGGCCGGGCGAAGAGAUGUUGAAUGGAAAACAACAAGUAGGCUACGAUAUUGUCUCGGCGGAAGAGUACAAGAGAAAUCAUGAAGCAUUCGAACUUCAAUGCCGAGAUACCUAUGGACAUUAUGCUGAACUACUUCACAAAAUCAAUAACCUUCCCAACUCUAAUUCCCAUUGCUACAAGGACCUAUUAGCUCAACGGGACUUCAUGGAUUUCGUGUGCCGAAGUUUUGCUACRCGGUUAGAAAGAAGGAGAAAUUUACUUAUAACGUCAGCUCGAUUUUUCCGAUUGGUCGCAGAGUAUUUUCAAACUACAAGUGAUGUUUACGAAACUUUGGUUAUGGGUACCGACAUUGAAGCCUUAGAGUCAGCUGAUAAUACUCUGUUACAGUUGAAGCAACAACAAGAGAAUAUUGAACAAAUCGAAAGAGAUUUAGUAAAAGAAGGCGAAAAAUUAUCUGACAUGCUAUCGAUGCCCGUUAAAAAYGCCAUGGGAGUCGCAUUAAACGUCGAUUACGAAGCGGACAUCGUAAACGUAUCUGAAAUAUUGGAAAUGACUAAGGCUCGGUGUCAAUUGUUUUGCGAUAGCGUGGAACUGCAGCGAUUGACGUUGCAACAGGUUUCGUAUGUACUAAACUACGAAACAGACGCUUCACAAGCAAUCCAAUGGUUAGAAGACUUGUAUCAUGUUCUACUCAAAUCUCACUAUCACGUAGGAUCUAACGCGGAAGAAAUUCAAGCUCAAAAAGAAGAACACCAAGCGUUCCAAGAAACAGCAAAAGGUACUUAUGAUUACGGUUGCCAGUUGCUUAACGCUGCUCUGUCCCUACGACAAUCCUGUAAAUUGACCGAAACGAGAAAUUCUACACUCGCCAACAGUUUAUGGCAGUCUUGGAAACAACUCGACGAUAUUAGCCAAGAGCAAUUGACGCGGUUACGAGUGUCUACCGUUUACCACAGAAACGUCGAUAAGUACUGCGGACAGCUCAGAGAGCUAAUGGAAACCGUGCAAACCAUUCAGGACGAGAACAACAAYAAUACCAGUAAACAUAAAGGUCGAUUGCGCAAGUGUUUGGUGUCGAGGGAGAAAAUCCUGUUGGAAGUCGGCCGGACYGUUCGUCUCGGGCGCAUGCUCAAAACUAGACUUCGCGAGCCUCUUUGCGUUCAACAAAAGAACGAAGACGUACGGUACCUCAACGAGAGUGCGGUGGAUUCGGUUUGUCAGAAACUGUCCGUGGUCACCGAACUUGCCGAACAAUUAGACUUUACCCUAUCCGGAUUGGCCCAGAGUACGAUUACACACGUGCUAGAUGAUUCUAGCGGUAACGUUACACAGGAGUGGUAUGUGAAUCUGAACAAAUCGCCUGACAAAAAUAAGGACUGCGUGACGGCGACGACGAAAAUGGAAGAGAACAUCCUCUGCGGRAGUAGCCGGUCAGACGCCGAAGACUUUGUGACGGCUUCAGACUGUACCGGUACGCCGCCUUCCAGGUCAUCUUCGUCGUACCACACGCCGUCCGAAGGCGAAGCGACUUCCAAUUCACCGUGGUGGGAACUCGACACCAUCAUUGACGCCGAAACGACGAUGGACAGUUCCAAGUGUAUGCAGCUAACGGAUGAAUCUCAACAGGAUAUCGACGUGAAAACCGAACUGGAAGAAAACGAGUCGGAAUCACCGAAUACCAGUGAUCUACAAUUGAAUACCGAAGACGUCGCCGCCAUAGAGAAGAGUCUACCGAUUCUGGACGAACAAGUCAGCAGCGACGCAAUAGACGAAGGAAUUAUUAUUUUACAAGGUUCGGAAUAUGAACAAGAAACCAAUAACAACGAUUGUACAUUUUACAAACAAAAUUUAGCCAAACAAGCACUAGCCGGAGUGUUCUAG